AUGGCAACUCUCUCAUCUCAACUCCUCCUCCUCCUCUUCCUCUUUCCACUUCUGGUGGCGGCGCAACGUCCGCCGCCAGCAUUCAAAUGCACCUCAAAAACCACAUGUAAAGCCCUAGUUGGCUACAUCUCACCCAACACCACACCAAUCUCUAAAAUCCAAUCACUCUUCCAAGUCAAAACUCUUCGUUCGCUGUUAGGAGUCAACAACCUCUCUCCCACAACACCACCAAAUUACACCGUUUUAGCUAACUCAACGGUCAAGAUUCCUUUCCCUUGUCAUUGCAUCAACGGUGUAGGAUUAUCUAACCAUGUACCUACAUACACUAUAGUAAAAGAUGAUGGACUUUUUCAUAUUGCAAAUCAAGUGUUUGGAGGUUUAGUUGAUUAUAAAACAAUUGUGAGUGCUAAUAAGAUUAAGAACCCUAAUCUUAUCAUUGUAGGGCAGAAGUUGUGGGUCCCACUUCCUUGUAGUUGUGAUGACGUGGAUGGUGAAAAAGUUGUUCAUUAUGGACACGUGGUGGCUAAUGGAAGUAGUGUCGAUCAAAUAGCGGCGGAGUUUGGGAUAAGUUCGGAGAGUUUGAUGAAGGUUAAUAAUAUUUCUGAUCCUAAGAACCUUGUUGCUGGUCAAGUGCUUGAUGUUGCUCUUAAAGCUUGUAAUUCGAGUGUAAACAACACCUCCCGUGAUGCCCCCUUGCUAGUAGCAAAUGGAACAUACGUUUACACGGCCAAUAACUGCGUAAUGUGCAAGUGUGACGCCACAAAUAACUUCAGGCUGCAGUGUCAACCAUCAGGAUUGAAAGCAAUAAAUUGGGCAACAUGUCCGACUAUGCAGUGCUCUGGUUCGAAUUUGUCGCUAGGCAACUCGACUAUGUUAUCUGACUGUACUCGCUCAACUUGUGCCUAUGCCGGUUAUAACAAACUAAAUGUUCUUACAACCCUUGCUGCUGAAGACACUUGUGCUGAUCCUGGAUCAAAUGGAAACAGCAAUCAUGCUCAGAAGAUGAUCUAUCAGAUAAGUUGGAGUUUGGGUGCUAUUUUGCUAAAUCUCCAAUUGAUCAUGCUCCAUAGAUUUAUUGUUGGGGGUGUCAAGAAAUUGGAUGUAAGUUUUGUAGGGGAUAAAUUGCCUUUCCAUUCAUAA